AUGACCCCGCGUCACCACGGUGAGGCCUACAGCUCUGCCGGGGAGGAGGCGGAGGAAGAGGAGGAGAGGAAGAAUAUUUCCCCAUCCCAGAGAGAUGAAGUGAUUCAGUGGCUGGCCAAAUUCAAGUACCUUAACCUUUACCCAGAAAUGUUUGCCCUGGCUAGCAGUCUUUUGGACAGGUUUUUAGCUACUGUAAAGGCUCACCCAAAAUACUUGAGUUGUAUUGCAAUCAGCUGUUUUUUCCUAGCUGCCAAGACUGUUGGGGGGGAUGAGAGAAUUCCAGUACUGAAGGUAUUGGAGAGAGACAGUUUCUGUGGAUGUUCCUCUGAAAUUCUGAGAAUGGAGAGAAUUAUUCUGGAUAAGCUGAAUUGGGGUCUUCACACAGCUACACCAUUGGAUUUUCUUCGCAUUUUCCAUGCCAUUGCAGUGUCAACUAGGCCUCAGUUACUCUUCAGUUUGUCCAAACUGAGCCCAUCCCAACAUUUGGCAGUCCUUAGCAAGCAACUACGUAAGUGUAUGGCCUGCAAUCAACUUUUGCAAUUCAAAAGUUCCAUGCUUGCUGUGGCCAUGGUUAGUUUGGAAAUGGAGAAACUCAUUCCUGAUUGGCUCUCUCUUACAAUUGCACUGCUUCAGAAAGCACAGAUGAGUAGCUCCCAGUUGAUCCACUGCCGGGAGUUUGUGGCAUGUCACCUUUGUACUGUGCAGUCUUCUCUGCCUCUAAAUUCCAUUUAUGUCAACCGUCCCCUCAAGCACACCCUGGUGACCUGUGACAAAGGAGUGUUCAGAUUACAUCCCUCCUCUGUCCCAGGCCCAGACUUCUCCAAGGACAACAGCAAACCAGAAGUGCCAGUCAGAAGUACAGCAGCCUUCUACCAUCAUCUCCCAGCUGCCAGUAGGUGCAAACAUACCUCUGCUAAACGCAAGGUAGAAGAAAUGGAAGUGGAUGAUUUCUAUGAUGGAAUCAAGCGGCUCUAUAAUGAAGAUAGUGGUUCAGAAAAUGUGGGUUCUUUGUGUGGUACUGAUUUAUCAAGGCAAGAGGGACAUGGUUCCCCUUGCCCACCUCUGCAACCUGUUUCUGUCCUGUAGUUUCAACAAGUGUUACGUUCAAGUGCAAACUAAGGUAGUCUACUCUGGGAGUGGGACCGUGUAAAACCAGGAAAGAGGCUAUAAAAGGAUAUAAACCUUAACAGGCUAAAUUGAAGUGAGCCAGAAAAAAAAAACUCUUGUUUACUUGUGUGGCUAAUUAUAAUUCAACAUUAUUUAAGCACUUAA